AUGACUCUCACUACUACACGACCCCUUCAGGGCAAAUUGGCCAUUGUGACUGGAGCAUCUCGAGGGAUCGGUGCCGCGAUUGCCCGCCAUCUCGGCGCCAAAGGAUGCUCCAUCCUCGCCGUCUAUACUUCGAACUCGUCGACCAAGCUAACUGCGGACCUGUGCGCCGAGCUCAUCUCGCAACACGGCGUGCAAGCCCACGGUGUCAAGGCCGAUCUCGGCCAGCCCGAGGCGGCCCGCGCUAUGGUUGAGGCCGCCAAGGAGCACUUCAGCAAGGACGGCCAGCUCGUCAUCAAUAUUCUUAUCAACAACGCUGGGGUCGGAGGUGACUACCCGCUGGAGAAGGUGCCCGUCGAGGAAUUCAAUCGAAUCUACGGUGUGAACGUGCUGGCACCCAUUCUUGUUACACAGGCGGUGCUCCCGUACUUGCCCCACGACCGAUCCGGUCGUAUUGUCAACAUCUCCUCGGUGGCCUCGUCUAUGGGCUUCGCAACGCACACACUGUAUGGAGGCACCAAGGCUGCUCUAGAGGCCAUGACCCGCACUUGGGCCCGUGAGCUUGCCGAAAGAGCCACCGUGAAUGCAGUCAACCCUGGUCCUGUCGAAGGAGAUAUGUACUUUGCUGCGGGUGAGAAGUUCUGGAAGCAGAUGGAGCCCUUCCAAUUGAAUUGUCCACUGUCUGCCGUGCGGGAGGGUGCAGAUGACCCUUCACUGGUGAAGCUUGCAAAGGAAAAGAUGGGUGGCCGCCGCCCGGCGUACUGGACCGAAGUUGCGGGGGUGGUCGGUAUGCUUUGUACCGAGGACUCGGCGUGGUGCACAGGAUCCAUUGUCAAUGCCAACGGUGGAUUCCGCUUCACCACUUGA